AUGGAAAGCCGUCCCCCGCCGCCAUUGUCCGAUCUUCUUCCUCCUGAACUGUUGUCAAAAAUAGCAGAUGGUCUAAGCCUAAUCGAUCUUCUGAGUUUCCGCAGUGUCUGCAAGGCUUGGAACUCUGCUUCUUCAACAGCUUCAGCUCAGAAUGAAUCCUCAUAUGAACCCUGGUUUUUACUGUACGAGGAACAUUCUGAUCAAUGCCAGUUGCUAAUAUGUGAAAGUGGUAAAAAGUACACCAUCAGUAAUAUUCCAGAACUAAAAGGAGCAACUUGCCUUGCAUCAAACCAAGGAUGGCUACUUCUUUUCAAGCCAUCAUGCGGCUCAAUCUUCUUCUUUUGCCCCUUCUCUCGUGCGAAAAUCGACCUUCCAAAGUUGCCAGCCUCACAACUAUGUGAGCAUGUUGCAGCAUUUUCAUCCCCUCCCACUUGUCAAGAUUGCAUUGUUUCUGUCAUUAGCCGUAUCAAUGAUUUAGAACUGGAGCUGAAUGUUCUUCAUUGCGGAGCCAAUGAAUGGAUCCGACACCAGCGCAAUUUCACCCCAUGGCCAGUUAACAGAAUUGAAUGUGGUGCUUUUCACAACGGAGAAUUCUAUUUUUUCGCCUGCGGAGGAGACAGGUUGAUCCAGGUCGCUGUCACUACUGCCGGCAACCUACAGUGGCAGUGCUUUUCCAUUAUUCCUGUUUCAGCACCAGCUCCGGCACCAGCUGAAGAUGAAAUUGUAUCAUUGAGAGAUGAAAUGGGUUAUUUGGACAAAAAGAAUGUGAAGCAGCAGCUGGGGAUGGGAAGGGACGUUUCAAUUUCUACUUGUGGAACACAAAUCCGGGAGUUGGAUGGCGAAGACUCUGUUGUUUUCAAUGAGAACGAGAGCAUUGUGUCUGCUGAACAAUCCUCCUCAUCCACAACCAAGAGCCCUGAUUUUAAAGGGAUUUGGAUCCACCCAAGAUUCUGUCAAAUCUCCCCAAUUCAUCAGAGUUGGUGA